AUGGGCUCCUGCGCGCCCGCCGGCCACGCGGCCGCGCUGCCGCUCGCGGCGGCGGCCGCGGCGGCCGUGGCGGGCGGCGCCGCUUGGCCGUGCGAGGCGCGGCUGCCUCGUCGCCCCGUCCUCCGGCACGCGCAGGCCGAGGCGAAGGGCUCGCGCGAGGGCGCGGCGAAGCCGGGACCCGGGCCUGUCGCCACAUGGGCACAGGCAGGCGGAGCUGCUGUGCGAGCGGCUGCGCCGCGCGGAGGGGGCGGCCGGGCUCGUGGUGAUCUUGGCGGCCCGAUGCGCCGCUGCCUGCACACCGCCGCGCCCGUGGCCGCGGACGGCUGCGCCCUGCUCGCCGAGAGCCGGGCCGUCUGCCAGGCGCUGCUGUGCGAGCACGGCAACGCCCCGGAGGACUUCUCUCGGCGACUGCCGCGGUCGCCGAUCCUCCGCCGCGGACGUGGCCGCGUCGUUCCCGCAGCUCUUCGGGGCGGACGCCCGGCACCGGGUCGCCAUGCACGGCUUCGGCGGGCGGGCCUCGGGCGACACCCCCGCGCGCGCGGUGGCGGCCGCCGCCUGGCUCGGGAGGGAGUGCGGGCAGCAGGCGAGCGAGGCGGCGUAUGCGGUGUUCUCGCACCAGACCUUCCUGGAUGCGCUGCUGCAGGUCCUGGUGCGCGGGAGCGCCAGCCAGUGGGAGUACGGCAGCCCCGAGUUCCGCUUCCAGAACACCGCCGUGACCGAGCUCCGCAUCGGCCCGGCGGGCACCCGGGUCAUGUACAGGAACGACUCCUCGCACCUGCGGUGAGGCGCCGCCGCGGCCGCCGCCCCCGCUGGCGCGGCGGGGCCCGCGCACCCCCCCGCGUGCGCUCCCUGGCGGCCUGAGCCUUGGCGGCGCGCACCUUGGCGUGCCCCGCGCAGCCCCUGGGGCUGGCGGGCAGCGGGCGCGCCCGUGCGGGCCGCGGCGCGGGCCGCGCACUCCGCGGCGCGGCCGGGAGCCCGGAGCGAGCA